ACUAGUACUUCGCUACAUAAUUAUACUGAUUCCGAUCGUCAACUGCCAUUCAUAAUGAGGAAAGGCAACUCAUCGACUCAAAAAACCCGCACAUCUAGCGAAGAAACAGCUCGUGGAAGCUCGCACCGACCCCGCGGCAGAGUCGGUCGGUUUCCGGAGAAGGUUAGGGACGGUGCGAACAACUUAAGAGUAUCGCGCUCGAAGGAUUCCCGCAGCCGUAGCCCUGCUCCCCCGAAUGUGCUUCAUCAAUGUGUUUCAUCGACCCCGAAUAUCAUCGAGGUUCAGGCUGCUCCGUCUAGCGUGGAAGUGGAGGCUGAUACCCAAUCGGCAUUUCAGGAUGCACAAUGCAUGCAGCCACUAUCGGGACCUGCGAUAACUGUGACGUCUGUUGGCCAAGAUGCACAAGCGGAUCUCGAUGCUGCUGAAGGUUUCCAGGACACAUAUCUCGAACCCCUCAGGAUAUUCGACGAUGUUAUUGGGAAGAUCGCGGAUGUACAUCCAUAUGCAAAGAUG